UGCCAAAUUCCCAAAAAAUCAAAGGUAGAGUGAGAAAGUGAGCAGAAAGCAGAGAAAUUUUAGAGAGAGAGAGAGAGAGAGAGGAGAGAGGAGCAAAGAAUGGAGAGCAGUGAAGAAGAAGAUGAUUUCCAAACCCAUGAAUGGAUCACUCCCCAAUCCAGCAUCAACUCCAUUUACCAAUCUGACACUGAAAAGGGGAUCAGAAAACUGUGUUCCGAGCUUCUGGAUUUAAAGGAUGCGGUCGAAAAUUUAUCUGGCAACAUGCAAUCAAAAUAUGUGGCCUUCCUCAGAAUAUCCGAGGAGGUUAUGGAAAUGGAGCAGGAAUUAAUUGAACUGCAGAAACAUGUGUCUGCUCAGGGAAUCCUUGUAAAAGAUUUGAUGAGUGGUGUUUGUCGAGAGUUAGAAGUGUGGAACAAAUGUAAUAUUGAUGAAGUUGAUGUCAAUGAUGAUCUUCAACUCUCUGAAAUUGAUGAACUCUUGCAUGGAGAAGUGGAUGACAAAAAAGUAACUUUUUUGGAAACAGUGGAUAUUUUGUUGGCUGAGCGCAAAGUAGAAGAAGCAUUAUUAGCUUUAGACACAGAAGAACGAAGCUCCCCUGAGUUGAAUGACCUGGGGGAAGAUCCAUCUCCUGAAAUUUCUCCAUAUAAGUCAGCAUUUUUAAAAAGAAAGGAAAUGCUUGCGGAUUUGCUAGUUGGGAUUUCACAGCAACCAUUUGUGAGCAUUGCUGAGCUAAAGAAGGCUUUAUCAGGUUUACUUAAACUUGGUAAAGCUUCUCUGGCCCAUCAGUUGUUGCUUAAAGCAUACAGCUACCGACUUCAGAAAAGUAUCGAGGACUUUCUUCCUUCAUGUUCAGUUUACUUGGAAACAUACACAGCAAAGCUUUCACAGCUUGUUUUCUCAACAAUUUCUGUUGCUACAAAAGAAUCUAACACAUUAUUUGGUGAAGGGCCUCCAUAUACAAAUCGUAUUAUACAGUGGGCUGAGUAUGAGAUAGAAACUUUUGUUCGUUUAGUGAAAGAAAAUGCUCCUCCUGUUGAGUCCGCUGCUGCCUUGAGAUCUGCGAGUACAUGUGUUCAGGCUAGUUUUAGUCAUUGUUCGUUUCUCGAGUCACAGGGCCUGAAAUUUUCUAAGUUACUUAUGGUGCUCUUACGUCCGUAUAUGGAAGAAGUACUUGAUAUGAACUUCAGGCGAGCAAGAAGAAAGGUUGCUGACUUGGAAAGAAACGGUGACAUAGUGCAACUGUCCCCUCCACCAGGCUCUCCAAGUUCUCUUGCUGCAUUGUCAGAUAUCAUGUCUACGGGCAGUGGAAAGAAGUUUAUGUCCAUAGUCAAAGAUAUAUUGGAGCCACUGACACCAAUAGUAAUAUUGCAUUUUGGGGGAACAAUUUUAAGCAGACUGCUCCAGCUAUUUGAUAAAUAUGUGGAAAAAUUGAUAAGAGCUCUACCUAGUUCUUCGGAAGAUGAUAACCUUACUGAUCCGAAAGAGACUACAGAAUUGAGAGCUGAAACUGAUGCUCAACAACUUGCACUAAUAGGGACUGCAUUUACUGUAGCUGAUGAACUGUUGCCGAUGGCUGUAGCCAAAAUUUUCAACCCACAAAGUGAAAACAGGGAAGAGGGGAGUGGGCCCGAUUGCAUCAGUCCAGUUGCCAUUAGUAGUGUAGAGUACAAAGAUUGGAGGCGACAUCUCCAGCAUUCAUUGGACAAGCUCAGAGAUUAUUUUUGUCGGCAGUAUGUCUUAACUUUUAUUUACUCAAGAGAAGAUAAAGCAAGGUUAGAUGCUCGAAUGUAUUUGGAGGGAAAAGGAGAGGACCUUUUUUGGGAUACUGACCCUUUGCCUUCAUUGCCAUUUCAGGCACUAUUUGCAAGGUUACAGCAACUAGCAAGUGUUGCUGGUAAUGUCCUGUUGGGGAAAGAAAAGAUACAGAAAACUUUGCUUUCCAGGCUAACAGAGACUGUGGUCAUGUGGCUUUCAGAGGAGCAGGAGUUCUGGGAUGUGUUUGAAGAUGAUUCUGUUGAGCUCCAGCCUUCUGGGUUACAGCAGCUGAUUCUUGAUAUGCACUUCAUCGUUGAGAUUGCGGUUUGUGGGGGAUACUCCUCAAGAAGUGUACAUCAACUUGUAUCAGCUAUUAUAACACGUGCAAUUGGGACCUUCUCUGCUAGAGGCAUAGAUCCUCAAAGUGCACUACCAGAGGAUGAGUGGUUUGUCGAUACUGCAAAGGCUGCAAUCAGCAAGCUCCUAUUAGGAACAUCUGGAUCUGAAUCUUCAGAACCCGAAAAUGAUGGGCAUAUAAUUAUUCACGACGAUAUAUCUGAUUCUGAUGAUGAUACCCCCUGUAGCUCGUUAUCGAGCAGUGAGUCUAUGGACUCUUUUGCUUCUGCUACCAUGGAAGAAAUUGACAGCCCUGUUUACUUCACUGACCCUGAAGCAUAGAGAGAAUGGUUGCGGCCGUUGAUCUACCAGCAGAAAUUUUUUAAUAGAUAUGUGAAUGCCGUCUUUUUUACUAGUUGUUGUAUCAGGAAGUGAGGUGAAAUGUACUGGAAAUUGUCAUGAAGUUGACACUUUUUUAUAAAUUGGAUGGGGUCACUGUGCAUUCUUGUA